ACACACACACUCAAACUCUCUCUCUCUCUUAGAACACACACGAGUGUGCACGCGCGUCUCCAUCAUGUUUAAUCUUCAUUCUCUGUGUGUGAUCGUGUUGCUGGUUUCCAGCGCGUCCAGAGCUGAUGAAGAUGCUCUUGCAGCUGCUGCUGAUGAUGAUGAAGGUCUGCUAGCAAACCCAGUGUCUGACUUCGUACCGCCGGCGGAGUUCGGCACCGUGCGCUCGGCGUGUAAACCGGUUCCGAACACGAUGAGUCUGUGUUUCGGGAUCGGUUACGGAGAGAUGCGCCUUCCGAACCUGCUGGGUCACGACAGCGCGAGGGAAGCGCAGCAGCAGUCCGCCGCCUGGAUGCCGCUGCUCGGCAAGCACUGUCACCCGGACACGCGGCGCUUCCUCUGCUCGCUCUUCGCGCCCGUGUGUUUACCGGGGGUCACGGCUCCGGUGCGCCCGUGCAGGGGUCUCUGUGAGGCGGUGCGGGACGCGUGUCUGCCCGUCAUGAGCGCGUUCGGGUUCCCGUGGCCGGAGAUGUUCAACUGCAGCCGGUUUCCAGAUGGAUCGGAGCUCUGCGUCCCCGGAGAAAGAGAGCCGAACCGAGGUGAAGCCACCGACGCGACCAAAGGUUCUGCAGUGUGUGAAGCCUGCAGUCCAGACUCGGGAGGAGAGCAGGAGAUCCAGCAGAACUUCUGCAAGAGUCAGUUUGCGUUCAGACUGCGGAUCGGCUCCUGGUCUCUGGUCGGGACAGAUGUGCGUGUGGUUCCUCAGGGACGCAGUCGUGUUCUCCGCUGGGCUGGUGGGCCGCGGGAGCAGCGGGCUGCGAUGGAGCAGAGCACCCUCUGGCUUCCACACAGAUGCUCCUGUCCUGCGCUGGAGGGCCAGCACACAGGCUCCUAUAUCGCCCUGGGUCACAUGCAGAACGGACGCAUGCUCCUCAGAAGACUCCUCAAAUGGUCCCGUGAUGAGAAAGAGCUGAAAAAGUUCAUCAGGAUGCUGCUGAGACAAAACUGCUGAGACACGAUUAAUGGACAAAUGCAAUGCAAAAACACGGCAUGAAAUGGCAUCUUCAAAAUGACCAGUUUUUCUAUGCCUUUUGGGAAAAUGGAAAUCAUUGUAAAUCAUUUUUAUAUAAUUUUUGGUUAUUAAAGAAAAAAUAGCUGUUACAUACUCAACCAUUAUCUCAUCCUCUACCAACCUAAACUCAACUUUGAUACAAAGCCUAUACAUUUAUGAGGAAAUAAAAAUAAUAAAA